AGUGGGAAGGUGACAGUGCAAAGGAACUUUCCCAGUGGGAAUCUGUAUAGGAGACGUAUCCAAGAGAAGAACUGAGAGUCCAAGAAAUGUCCCAGCAGAGGUCCAGGAGCAGUCAAGAGCUGUACCAAUGCCAGAGUCCCAGGGAGGCCGAGCCGGCAGCUGCUGCCCCAGCGGGAGCUGCUGAGGAGGAGGAGCCCCCAGAGCUUCUCCUGUCCCAAGGGGAAGAUUUGGGAGCCCAAGAGCUGUUCCCAGGGGAGGAUGAUGUGAGCUCCCGUUCUGGGGAGAAGCCUCUGGGCCCAGUGAAGGACGAGGAGAACACCCAGCCUUGUCCUUCAUCCUGCGAUGAGGAGCUGUCCCAGGUAGAAGAGGCCAUCCAGCUCUCUCCAGGUGACAACAACUCUGAGCCUGAGAUGUCCUCAGUGGAAGAGGCAAUCGAGGACAUUCAUGACGACAGCACAAGUGACCAGGAGCUGUCCUCCAUGGAAGAGCACCUCGAGGUCACUCCAAGGGACACGGCAAGUGACGGGGAGCUGUCCUCCAUGGAAGAGCACCUCGAGGUCGCUCCAAGGGACAUGGCAAGUGACAGGGAGCUGUCCUCAGUGGAAGAGGACAUCGAGGACAUUCCAGAGGACAUCACGAGUGACCAGGAGCUGUCCUCACUGGAAGAGGACAUCAAGGACAUUCCAGAGGACAGCCGGAGUGACCAGGAGCUGUCCUUAGUGGAAGAGGAUAUCCAGGUUGUUGCAGGGGAAGGUACAAGUGACCAAGAGCUGUCCUCAGUGGAAAAGCACAUUGAAGUCUCUCCAAAGGUCAGCAGAAUGGAUGAGGAGCUGUCCUCAGUUGAAGAGGACAUUGAGGACAUUCCAGAGGACAGCACAAGUGACCAGGAGCUGUCCUCAGUGGAAGAGGUCAUUGAGGUUGUUCCUGGAGAGAGCAAAAGGGAUGAGGAGCUGUCCUCAGUGGAAGAGGACAUCGAGGUCCCUCCUGAGGACAGCACAAGUAACCAGGAGAGGUCCUCAGUUGAAGAGGACACUGAAGUCUCUCCAGAGGACAGCAGAAGAGAUGAGGAGCUGUCCUCAGUAGAAGAGGACAUUGAGAACAUUGUGGAGGACAGCAGGAAUGAUGAGGAGCUGUCUUCAGCAGAAGAGGCCAUCGAGGUUGUUCCAGGGGACAGCGCAAGUGCCCAGGAGGUGUCCUCAGUGGAAGAGGACAUCGAGGACAUUGCGGAGGACAGCAGGAAUGAUGAGGAGCUGUCCUCAGUAGAAGAGGACAUCGAGGACAUUUCAGAGGACAGCACAAAUGACCAGGAGCUCUCCUCAGUUGAAGAGGACAUCGAGGACAUUCCAGAGGACAGCACAAGUGACCAGGAGCUGUCCUCAGUGGAAGAGGUCAUUGAAGUUUUUCCAGGGGACAGCACAAGUUUGGAGAAGCUGUCCCUUCUGGAAGAGAACAUGGUGGUGGUUUUAGGGGGCAACCCGACUGAUGAGGAGCUGCCCAAAGUGGAAGAGGCCAUCCAGCUUGAUCCAGAGGACAGCACGGCUCUUCCCCCAGAGGGGCCCAGCUCUGCCAGCCCCGUGGGCACAGAGGAGGCAGCAGGGGCAGCUCCUGCCCUGCCCAGUGCCUCUCCUGCCCCAGGCCAUCCCACGGAGGCCGAGCUGGCAGCUGCUGCCCCGGCCGGAGCUGCUGAGGAGGCAGCAGCGGGGUCAGUGCUGGCAGUGCCCAGGAGGAUGAACGGCUCCAAUGAGGAAAUGAAAUUCUGGCAAUUCUUGGAUGACCUGGAGCCUUUCGUUGUUGGAGACCCAGACCUGUGCCAGGAAGUGACUGACUGUGAAUGUUGCAUGGGGGAAGAUCUGCCCCACAGGGAAGUCACAAGUUACCACCAACUCUCUGGCUGGGAACAAUAUUUGGACCAAGAACUGUCCCAGGGAGAAAUCAGCAACUCCCAAGAUGCCUCUUUCUGGGAAGAUUACAUUGAGGAAGUGCUUCCCAGAGGAGAUGCCAUCAGCCAUACGGAACUUUCCGACAGGGAAGAAGACGUUGGCCAAGACCUUUCCCAAGAGGAAGCCUGCAUUGGCCAGGACAUGUCCAGAGGGAAUGGCAGCAGACCCUCAGGACACUCCAGUUGGGACAAUGACAGUGACACAGGGCUCGUACAGGAGACCUGUGAGGAUGAGACCGAGCACGGCAUCGGGACCAAGCUCUUGGCCGAGGAGGAUGAUGGCUGGGACGAGGUGAGCAUCCUGGAGCUGCUCCCAGAGGAGGACAGAGACCAAACAUGGAAAGGUUUUGGGGCAGACAGGCUCCCAGUGCCUUUCCCUCGGGAGGCCUGGGCUGAGUGCCCGGCACAGGAGCCGUGCAGCCGAGGGCCGGCGCCUGCCCCGCACAGCCCCCCCAGCCCCCGGCCCGCCCGGCUGGGAGCCCAGGCCCUCCGCGGGACGCCGGCUGCCCCCAGGAAACGUCCCUCCCGCUUCAGGCGGGCGCUGCGGGCGCUGCGGGGGCUGUUCUGCUGUCCCUGCCUGAGGCCACGGCCCGAGGAGUAAAACAGGCGAGGGAAAGAUGAAGAACAUGAAGAGAAAGAAGGUAAAGAAGGUGAAAAAGAUGAAGAUGACCCCUCCUGCAGGUCCCGCUGCUCUGGUGUGGGAGCAGCAGCUGUUGGGUUCAGCUGGGGGGGCUGAAAGAUUGCUGCUGCAGCUCCUCCAAGGCAGGCAAGGGAAAAGGCUUUGGAUGGGCCAGCAAAGCCAAGCAAGCCAAGCCAAACUGAACCAGGCAGUGCCACGAAGGCCUGGGCAGUGAGGCUUGGAAAAUGGCCACCCAAAGAGCCCAAAGCUCCCUCCAUCCCCACCCCGCACACACCCGGCCCCGGGCCUGGAAGGUGCAGCAACCAUUUCUUGGGCACAAAGCACAGGCUCCUGGAACGGACUCUCAGCACAAACCACCAGAAGACAAUGACAGAGAAGACAAAGGAGACGAAGAAGAAGAAAACAAAGAGGAAGAAGACAAGUUAAAGACGAAGAAGACAAGUCAGA